GUAGUGAAUCGACAGAAAGUACAGCCAAUAGUCACGUCGAAUCGCACAGACAACAAGGAUGUUCGCGCGAGCACGUUACCGCGAAGGCGAGGGGACACCAGUCCUGUUGUCUCGACACCGCAGAAUAGUCCGAAUCGGCAGAGUCCGAGAACGUCGACGCCCAGCGUCGAUAGCGCCGUCGGUUCCGCGGAAGGGCUGGGUGUACCUCAGACCGGAAAUGUGGAGGAAAUUCGACCGAGGAGCGAUGGUUCCGACAGCCUGGCAACUUCGAGUGCUCUUACCAGCCCGGAACCGCCGAUCCCGGAGAUCAACGAGCCAAGAAUUGAUUUGGUACAAGCUGACAUGCCGUCGAUCGACAUCGUCCCCAUCGAAUCCAGUUUUCCACUCAUUGAAACCACAUCGACCGAGGAAACCGUACAGAAAGAAAAUAGGAUGGAAGCGCACGAAGUGAUAAUAACACCUCCGCCUGAAGAACCGCGAUUGAGCCAGGCUAGCGAGGGCAGCGAGGCGGCUAGCGAAGCACCCUCCGAGGCGUCGUCACUAUCGGGCAAAACGAGAAGAUACCGUGGAGAUACCAGCAAAAGGAGAAAGGGCGUGUAUAUAACUCAAUGGCCGGAGUCCUUGGACACGGAUAGGAACAAGCUGUCAGCUCAAAGCAGCGAAGAAAGAGACGAGCCACCUGCGACGCCCAGCGACCUUUCCGACUGUGAGGGCCUCACGCCUAGAAGGUACAGCAAGAGGCCACUCCGUGGUCCUUAUGGACAAAUGCUCGAAGCGGAAAUGGCGAAGCCGCGGACCACCGACAUUUCUCUAGAAGAAGGUCUUCGUCCACGUAGAAAAGUUUCUGCGAAUCUCUCGUAUAAUACGAGUUCGAAUAACAGCGGUUCGGAGCCGCCCACACCAUGCCAUCACAGAACCACUUCCAGCCCGAGCAAACUCGAAGGUCUUCCGGGACCUAGUCCUGAACUUCUCGCCGAACUACUUCGGGGAUCUUCCGAAAGGGUGGCUCGUGCACCGGCGCAUCGAAACGAUACCAGGACCCACGUAGUCGUCGAAUUAUACGAUACAGAGCGGUCGUAUGUGGAAGCGCUGCAGAUACUAGUCGAUGUAAGUACAUACGCCAGUGUUUUAAUGAAACUUGCAAAUCCUCGCGACCGUUGCGGAAAUUAAUAAAACAUUUUUAGUUUCAUGUUUUUAUCGCUCCUCAAAUUCUUUUUUCUGUAUCAUGUCGAUGAAGAUAGUUCUCAGCCAAUUAUGUCAGUCAAACACUACUUGCUUGAUAAAUAACAAAUAUAAAAAUAUGACAAUACUUGGGUAAUUUUAAUAAUGAUUUCGUGUCAAUUUUCAUAUGAUUCUUGACCAUUUUCUAGUUUUG